AAUUCAAUUACAACAAAGUACGCUUACUAAGCAAAUAUUCGAUUCAUACGCAACUUUUAAUGAUGCGUCGAGCAUAUAACCUACAGCUUGACCUUUUGUAGAUUCGUAUCAUUCCAUGGUUUGUUAUGAACCUUUAAUCAGCACCAUGCUUUCAAAUUAACUGUUAACAACAGCAGGAGGAUUAACAGCUUUAGAUUACUUUUAAAAACCGUAUUUUUGCCGUAUUAUAGUAAAGUUUUAUUAAAAGACACACACAAAAAUUCAGAUUUAUUACAAUUUUAAAUUAAUUCCUAAACGUACGUGACUUUCACCAAUUUGAACAUGGCUGAACCAAAUCCCUACGAUUACCUACUCAAAAAGGUCAUUAUUAGCGGAAAGGAGUAUAAUUACUACGACAUAGCCUCCUUGGGUGAGAAAUACAAACGACUACCCUAUUCGAUACGUAUCCUCUUAGAGUCGGCCGUACGUAACUGUGAUAACUUUCAAGUAACGCAAAAGGAUGUUGAGAGUAUCCUCAACUGGGAACACAACCAACGGGACGAAAAUGGUAUCGAGGUCGCGUUUAAACCGGCUCGUGUUAUUUUACAGGAUUUCACGGGCGUACCUGCGGUCGUCGAUUUUGCGGCGAUGCGAGAUGCGGUCAAGAGACUGGGGGGUGAUCCCCAAAAAAUUAAUCCCAUCUGUCCGGCCGAUUUAGUUAUUGAUCAUUCGGUGCAGGUCGAUUUUGUGCGAUCGGCGGAUGCGUUACAGAAAAAUCAGGAUUUGGAGUUUGAACGCAACAAAGAGAGGUUUAUGUUUUUGAAGUGGGGAGCGAAGGCGUUCGACAAUAUGUUAAUCGUCCCGCCCGGCAGCGGAAUAGUCCACCAGGUCAAUUUGGAAUAUCUCGCUCGCGUCGUAUUUUCCGACAAAAACUCGAUGUUGUACCCCGAUACCGUCGUCGGCACAGACUCCCACACGACCAUGAUUAACGGAUUGGGAGUACUCGGAUGGGGGGUCGGUGGAAUUGAAGCUGAAGCCGUUAUGCUCGGGCAGGCCAUCAGUAUGCUCUUGCCUCAGGUCGUCGGUUACUACUUGCACGGGUCGUUAGGCCCGUACGUCACAUCAACGGAUCUAGUCUUAACAAUCACAAAGAAUUUGCGUCAAUUGGGAGUCGUGGGGAAGUUUGUCGAAUUUUACGGGCCAGGUGUCGCAGCUCUGUCCAUAGCGGAUCGUGCGACAAUUGCCAACAUGUGUCCGGAGUAUGGUGCUACAGUCGGCUUUUUCCCAGUUGACACGUAUUCGUUAGAUUAUUUAAUACAAACAAAUCGUUCCAAUCAACAGAUCGAAAUGAUCAAAACAUAUCUAAGUGCUACCGGUCAAUUGCGCGACUACGAAUCUGGAGAGGAACCUGUAUUCAGCGAAAGCGUGUCCUUGGAUUUGGCAACGGUGGUGUCAUCUGUGAGUGGACCGAAACGACCAAACGAUCGGGUUUCGGUAACCGACAUGAAAGUCGAUUUCGCAAACUGUUUAAGAAAUAAGGUCAGUUUUAAAGGAUUUGGAAUAUCAGACAACCACUUAAAUGCCUCUUCCAAAUUCAUGUACAAUGGAGCCCAGUAUGUGCUAAAGCAUGGAAGCGUGAUCAUCGCUGCUAUAACAUCAUGCACAAACACGAGCAACCCUAGCGUUAUGUUAGGCGCCGGUUUACUUGCGAAGAAAGCAGUAGCUGCCGGUCUGACCGUAGCUCCAUAUAUAAAGACCAGCUUAUCACCUGGUUCCGGUGUCGUCACCUACUACCUACAAGAAUCUGGUGUCAUUCCCGCUUUGGAGCAGCUCGGAUUUGACGUGGUCGGCUACGGUUGUAUGACAUGUAUAGGAAACAGCGGCAGUAUCGACGAAAACAUAGCAAACGCGAUCGAAAAGAACGACCUGGUGUGCUGCGGAGUGCUAUCCGGCAACCGUAACUUCGAAGGCCGCAUUCAUCCCAGUACCCGAGCAAACUACUUGGCGAGUCCGCUGCUUGUAAUCGCCUACGCAAUUGCGGGAACUGUAGACAUCGACUUUGAAAAGGAACCUUUGGGUCAACGUACUGACGGAUCUCCAAUAUACCUGAGAGAGAUUUGGCCCACUCGCAAUGAAAUCCACGCCAUUGAAAAACAGUACGUCAUUCCCGCCAUGUUUCAGGAGGUAUACGCGAAAAUUGAAACGGGCUCGUCGAACUGGCAAGCUCUAAACGCCCCCUCGGGCAACCUGUAUACUUGGGAAGAUUCCUCCACGUACAUCAAGCACCCGCCGUUCUUCGAGGGAAUGAGCAAAGAAUUACCGUUACAUCAACCUCUCGAAAAUUGCCGCGUGUUGCUUUUCUUAGGCGACUCUGUUACCACCGACCACAUCAGCCCGGCCGGUUCCAUCGGAAGAAGUUCUCCCGCGGCGCGUUACCUCGCCCAGAGAGGUAUAACGCCCAAGGAUUUCAACUCGUACGGAUCCAGGCGAGGGAACGACGCCAUUAUGGCGCGCGGAACUUUCGCCAAUAUUCGUUUGGUUAACAAAUUUUUAAAUCGUGCGGCGCCGAAAACGCUCUACUUGCCGACUGGUGAAGAGAUGGACGUGUUUGACUGUGCCGAACGAUAUGCUGCAACUAAUACUCCUUUAAUAUUGGUAUGCGGGAAGGAUUAUGGUAGUGGGUCUAGUCGUGAUUGGGCUGCAAAAGGACCAUAUUUAUUGCCAUGCUAGAAGCACGCCUGAUGGGUAUGUUUUCUUCUUACAUUGAAGAUUCGCAGAGUAACUGAAUGUGCUGCUCAUUUAAUCGAAGUAUGUUUGCUAUAUCAGAAGCAAUAAUCGACGUGUUCCUAACCUUUAUUGGAUAUAAAAAUAAUAAUCUGUACCACAGAUAUACACCAACACCAGCGCCCUCUAUUGAGCAGCAGCCGUCUGAAAUUGUAAAUGACGCUUAUGGAUUUAGGCAAAAAAUUGAAAGCCCCUAAAAAUUGGAUAUUUCCAAUUCCUUAUUAUUAUUGGUGUUAUUACAGUGAUAUGCUAUGACUGAGGUAAACUGAGCCACCAUUGUUUAAUUUAAGAAAGAAUUUGCCUUACAGUUGGUGCAGCAUAAGCGUAUUCUUACAGUUUUAAACGGUGCAUGUUUAUACUGCUGCUCAAUAGAGGGCGCUUUUAAGUAUACCUAAACCUGUUACCCAUAAAAUGCAUAAGGUGAGCAGUCUGCUAUCUGUGCCUCUACUAACUGAACUGCAGCAAUUACCUAACAUAUGAUGCAAUCUGAGUAGAAAUC